UCACUGUCUCUGAUCCAACAUUUUCCCUCAAGACCCGCGCCGGCGCUACUUCUGCCGUCUCCGGAGCCAAUAGGAACUAUCCUGCAUCUGUUGCUCGGGCCAAUGAGCAUCUCCAGCGGUAUCCCCACAUGGAGGAUGACCAUUGUCGUGAUGAUCGUCGAGGGGGUUCGGGGACCCCGUCAAGCCCGGGAGAGCACAAGGCGCCGUCGCCAGACUCUGCACACGACGCUUUCCUGGACACUAACUAUCCGGAAAGUCGGCACUCUCGCAGUUGGAAUCAUGACCCUUCCCAUCUCUAUUCUUCUGAUGAAGGUCCUCACUUUAAAGGGGGUGCGAAGAGAUCGCACGAUAACGUUGUGGUGGAAGACUUUUUCCAUGAUAUGAAGCGAAGAAAAUUCUCACCCACGUAUGAUGCUCCGAUGAUCGAGCGCCUCUCUGCCCUUUCUAAUUUCGCACAAAUAUUUCAGACUCAGGUACAACAUGCCGCGCUUCUCAGUAGCAAUCCUGGGUCGAAUCAUGUGCCCAACCAAGUCCCAUCAGGCGGCUUCGACCUACCUCAGCCACCCGUUUUCAACCCUGGGGUCGUUCCGACUAACCUUGAGGAACUAGCGAUGGUGAACGCAUUCUUAGUUAGGCUUUCUGAGCAAAUCAGUGCCAGCGCGAACGCCGCCAAUACGAACAACGCCACUGGCAACGUGGAUGGUACACAAUCAUCCCCGAAUGGUUUCAACAAUACUAUGGCUGGCAUGCCAAGUUUUGGUUCUUAUGGACUAGGCUUUCCGAUCAGCGCGUUAGGUGGGUUCGGUCUUGGAAUGGCCGGCCUUGGCUUAGGGGCCUUUCCGGGGUUCGCGGCCUUGAACAACGGGAUGAAUGGAAUGAACGGGAUGAACGGAUUUAACGGUCUUGGUGCCUUGGGAGCGUUGGGUAUGGUGAGUCCUGCAGCGUACCAAAGUGCUCUGGCUGCUGCGGCGGCGGCGGCGGCAACGAUGAGUCAGCAUGGUCAACACGCGAACGGAGGAGCGGGAUCAACACCUUAUAUGGAUCUGAGUUCAAUUGCGGCGUUGACUGGUCUGCCGGCGUUCGGGCAACACGGUCAGCAAGGUCCAUUGAACCCACUCAACACUCAUUUUGGGUUUUCCGAUAUUCCAAACGUCGAGAGCAACAACAGGCCUCCGUCUUCUGGAACAGACACCAGUGCAUCUUCUUCCGCCAAGCGUGCGCCUAGGCCGAUCGUACAUGAUCGUAAACGCUCUCGUCGGUCAUCACCUUCCCCUCAAAGAGUUCACAUGUCAUCCACCGCUCAAAUCGGUCCGUCGAAUACCGGUGCUCACGUUAACGUUUCUCCUCGGGCGACAAGUGCUACCGCUUUCUCGGGAUCAGUCUCUUCCUCGUCUUCCUCACCAUCAGCCGUAUCAGCCUCAAUAUCGGCACCUGUAUCUCCAUCCCCGCAACCUUUCUCCACUCAGCAGAGCAGAAACUACCAUAUUCCUGGCGCCGGCCCUUUCGAUUUGGGUUUACCCUUCGAUUCAUCCACAGGGCAGUUCGGCCAUGCGCCAAACGUUGGUGUUCCGAUCUUACCCGAAUAUUCAUUAGAUGAAAUUCUUGGGCAAAACAAUGAUGUGCGCUUACGUGCGGCUAAUGACACGUUCAAUCAGCACGUACCGAAGAUGGGGAUGGAGAUUGUUGCGCCUAAGCCUGUUUUACGGCAAGUCCCAAAACUGCAAAGCUUGAACCCUGCCCUCCGUACCCCCGGUUCUACGGCUUUAUCCUCAUCAUCCUCAUCAUCAUCUGCUGAUGGUGGUUGUGCUAUGAACCUGGAUGAUGCCCAAGGAAACGCUAAAAUUGGCAGGGUACGACCUGUGGAGCCAAGGAUCAUGGCUUCUGGGCCAGCGUCUGUGCUCGCCCAGCGCACCUCCUGCGGGUUGGAAUUGCCAUCAAGCUAUCCUGAUCACUCCCUUAAACUUCCCGAGAUUCGACGACGAGCUCCUUCCAUUUCAUCGCAUUCUACCUCGUCGUCGAAGGGUACCGAAACACACCCCUUCGAAAGCGGCGACGAUCUUCGUUCCGAUACGACUUCCCGACCUUGUACCCCACAUCAAGACGUGUUGUUAACUCCCACAGAGACUGGGAAGAUUACGCUUCCAAGCGUUCGGACUUUGUUAUUCGAUCCUCUUCCUUCCCGUCCUCACACCGUCGAUCGUCUUGCGAGCGACAUCAACCGUAUCAAUAUUGCUUCGCGUCCCUCUACCGCGUCAUCCGCAGCAUGCGGCUCUUCAUCCUCUUCCGGGAUGCCGACGUCUCAAGAAGAGAAACACAAACAUUUACAACUCAUCCGACGUCUGUUUAUCUGGAUCAAUGAAGAUUUUGCUCGACGACAUCGAGAGCUUGUUCCUGUUAAUCAUCUCAAGUCGAUUCAGAAAGCGUAUGAACAACAGCAACAGCAGCGUAGUCGAGGUAGUGAGAUUCGUUCGUCGAGUCCUUCCUCCUCGACCCCGAAUGGUGCUCGUUCAAGGUCUGGUGGACUUCGCCCUGGUCGUGCUUAUGUAGGGUACAACAGUGAUGAGGACAUUGCGAUGCAUGGAUCGGAUGACGAGGAUGAGGAGUCGGUUAGAAGUGAGGUCAAUGAGGAUGCGGAUGAGCUGGAGGAAGAGGGGAGGAUGGGGAGGAUGAGGAUGAGGAGAGUGAUUUGGAGGUUUCGGGUUCUAGGAGGAGGAAUGCUGAUAGUUCGAGAUUUCCCCUUCCUUUACUUCGUCCUGUGAGGGUGUGAACUAGUUAUCCCUUUGGUUUAUACUUUAUUCUUUUCUUUUUUUUUUCUUUUUUUUGGUCAUU